ACCCGACCCUGCAAAAAUACUCUCUCUCCUCUUCUGCCGUUGGUCUCGUCCUCCGGUUCCGAUCUGAAAGAUUCAACUCAGCGUCAUUCUCUACAUUCGGGUUCCUGCAGGUUCUGAACCAAGUCACGAAAUUCGCUCCUUCCAGCUGCUGCCAUUGCUCCGGCGCCGUCGCGAUCUAAGCUCGGACAGAGUUUGUCGCCGCUGCGCCGAGGAGGACUCGCUGCAACUUCCGCCGUUUUCUACUUCAGCAGGUUCUACGCCGGUCUCCGCCCCCUGCGCUGGUUUCCUCCGCCGCUAGUAUCUCCUGUUCAAAACCGUGGAGCCCUUCCACGAUUUGAUGAUCUCCGGCAGUAUCAAGAUGAAGCCGCCUAUGACCUCCUCUCCUCUUCCACUGCUUCUUCCACAUUAAAAUGCUAUAUGCUCUUUGAGUGGGUUCCCCGGUUCAUUUAAACGGGUCAAACUCGACCGGGUCGUCUUUUUCUUGAAAAUUUAAUAUUCCAAAUUUACCCUUCCCUCCGUCUAACCCUAUUUUGAGUAUUUUCCCUCUUUUUAGUUUUUACUCAAAUAACGUAGACUGCAACUGAGGUUCUUGGAGCUCUGAAGCCACCUGCACCGCCGUUGCCGCAGUGCACCAGCACCUCAUUUGUGUUCGACUUCUUCCAAGUUGUUCUCAUCUUGUAUAUUUCUGAUUCCAGUUUUUGUUUCGACAGUGUCAAUGGUGGAUUCACAGAAUGUUGAAGGUUACAGGCCUGCUCCGGAUUUUGAGGAAGAUAGGAGAAGUGCACUCCUUGAUCUUGAGAUGAACGACUCCACUGAGCUUUGGCUCAUUAAGUUACCCUUUUCAAGUUCAUCCCACCAAAGCAGGAUGGAGCAUAUGCUAUCUGAGAUUGAUGGGGAGGAAUUGUCUUUCAAUCUUCAUAGUGAUGGAAAACUUGCCAGCUUUGAGGACUCAUCUGAGAAACUAUAUGAUUUUGUCAGCUACCCUUCCCAGGAGCCAGAUGAAAUGGUUUUUGUUCCCUCUCCUACAGAACCGAAAAUCGCUGGAAAGAUUUCACGGCGAGUAUCUAUUGUACAUUACCCAGAUCCUAAAGAACUUGAAGAACGCAAGAUUACUGCAAAACCUGCGCAUCAAAAUUCUUCAGGAGUCACAAAGACAACUUCGUCCCGAUAUUUCUCAACACAGAUUUCUGGUCGUGCAGGUUCUUCAAAAGGUAGCAGGAAAAGCUCCUUUUUUCAAGUUAGUGAACCAUCAAAUGCUGCAGAACGCACCAGUGGAAAAAAAGUGUCCGAGCUCUCCCAUGGUAAUAGCACUGGCAUUUCCGGCAUGUCCUCCGAUCAUUCUGAUGGAAGAAAAUCAAAGAAGAGAAAGCAUAAGGAGUAAUGUUUUUGUUCUCUUUAUUAACCGGAAUUGUAGUAUGACAUUCAAAUGUUGCAUUUACAUGGACCUUUAAAAGGUAUGAAAAUGAGGUACUUGAGUUGUGUUUGUUAGAGUUGGGCAGUAGGAUUUUUGCACUCUCUUUGUUGCCCUUCGUACAUUAGAAGCCUAUAUUAAUUUGUUCAAAUACAAGAAUAUUGGAGAAUUUGGUGUUU